AUGCUUCUCUCUUUCCUCCUGCUUCCGAGUUUAGUGGCCGGACUUGCCGGUCCAGCGACGAAGCGCAGCGACACUCACCAUCUACCUCUCUUUCGCCGUACACCUCAGCGCCGCGACGGAGUUGUCGACGUGGACCAAGUCGUGAGAUCUGUGGAGUGGUCGAGGCUCAAGCACGGUCUGAAGGCUCGGAGCGAUGGUAGCCUCAGUCGAAGGGCCAGUACAGCCGAUCUUGUUCCCCUCGACCAGGAUGCCGACUCCGCGUAUCUGACUACCAUUCAGGUUGGGACCCCACCACAGUCCCUCGACGUUUCACUUGAUACGGGCUCAUCAGAUCUCUGGUUCCACACGACAGCUUGCACCAACUGCUCAACCGCGCCAGGCUUGGAUGUCUCUCAGUCAUCCUCGAUCCUUGAGGUCUCCUCGGCGCCCCUCACCAUUCACUACGGCGGUGGCAACGCAACCGGAACGGUGUUCAGCGACACAGUCACUCUGGGACCUUACACCGUGCCGAACACAACAUUUGCGGGGGUCACGCAAGUCACCGGCUCUGGCGUCAUAUCGGAUUCAAGUGUCGGAAUUAUUGGCUUGGGCCUUAUAGGACUAACCUCCUUCAACGAGACGCCAUUAUGGCAGGUUCUCGCCAGCACUGGAGCGAUCAGUGCGCCACAGAUGAGCUUCUAUCUCCCAAGAUACAAGGAUGUGACGACAAGCGCGACCAGCACUCGCCCUGGGGGGUCAUUCACUCUUGGCGGGACUAAUAGCAGUUUCUUCAAGGGAGACAUCGACUUCCACACUGUACUUCCGACGAAUCAGAACAUUUCGGAAGGGUACUGGGUUCAGUCUUUGACUGGGAUCACUGUCAAUGGAAAUAACGUUGAUAUCGGAAACGCCACAGCCAUCAUCGACACUGGUUCGACUUUGAUCAGUGGGCCAACAGAAGGCGUACAGGCAUUCUGGGCGCAAAUCGCCGGCUCCCAAGCGAUAAUGAGCGGAAAGCUGUCGGGACAGGGGCUUUAUCAGUUCCCGUGCACCACGAACGUCACAUCGACGUUCUCGUUUGGGGGUAGAGCGUGGUCGGUAUCCGCAGAUGACAUGAACCUCGGUUCUCUUCCUGAUGAUGGGCAAUCGUGCGUGGGCGCACUCACCGACUCUCUAGCCUUAGCGACUGGCCCGGGGCAAUGGGUUAUGGGUGACACGUUCCUGAAGAACGUGUACACGGUUCUCAGAGGUGGAGACAGCCCUGCUGUUGGCUUUGCAGAGCUUGCCGACGGGUUCAACGACUUCCCUACCCCUUCGGGAAACUCAAGUGGCACAGCUGCCUCAAGUGCUACCGGCCCUUCCACUACGAGUACUGGCUCGCGUUCAUCCAGUGCUGGUGUACACGCUGUCAGUGCACCUACCGCCGGGUUUCUACUCAUUGUGCUGGGCGCGGCGAGCGGGAUUGCCCCGCUUUUAUUGUGCUGA